UUUUUACUAAAGAUACAGAUCUGUGGUAGUGCACAGUCUAUGUACUUUCUAAGACCUUCGUGACAUGACAUCAUUUGUACUAAAACCUCUGACUCAUGAAUAGCUCAGCAGAGUUAGAUAACGUUUGUUAUAGCUGUUCUUCUUACAAACUAAAUAGCUAAUUAGUACUAGCUAAUUAUGUGUGGCUCUUUCAAAACAAGUUUUUAAGAAGACGUGAUACCCUGACUACAAUUUAGAAAUGUCUCCUGUGCAGCCUACAUAAGGAUGAUGAAGAAUCACGAAGAAGAUGAAUUUGUUGCUGUGCGGGUCCAAGACCCUCGGGUUCAGAAUGAAGGCUCUUGGAACUCGUACGUGGACUUCAAGAUAUUCCUUCACACCAACAGCAAGUCCUUCACUGCCAAGACGUCCUGUGUGCGCCGGCGCUACAGUGAGUUUGUCUGGCUCAAGAAGAGGAUGCAGAAAAACACUGGCUUGGUACCUGUCCCAGACCUGCCCAGCAAGUCCUUCUUCUCCUUCAGUGGUGAGGACUUCCUGGAGAAGAGGAGGAAAGGCCUGCAGUGCUUCCUGGACAAAGUGUGCAGCAUGACAGUGUGUCUGUCAGACAGCCAGCUCCAUCUCUUCCUGCAAACCCAACUGCCGGUUGGUCACAUCCUAGACUGUGUGCAGGGCCACACCCCCUACACUGUGACAGAGGCCAUCCUCACCUAUGCCUCGUCCAAUCAGGGCUGGGUUCAGGAAGAGGACUUGACCCAGGAGCCUAGUCUCACUCCAGUUCCUUAUGAGUCCAUGGAGAGCCCUGCCCCUCAUCUACCUACCCUGCAAUGUCAAGAGCCCCUCAGCCCUGUGAACCUCGCCUCCAGUGAGCCAGAGGGCCUACGGACUGAGAAGUUCCUAGCUGAUUAUGCCGAUGACAUAGACACUGAUGACACCCUUUCCCCAGAGGUCACCCAGGAGGCCCGCAAUGUAGUCCAGGCAGAGCCCAUCCUGGAUAUACACAGCCCAGUGGAGACUAUCUUUAAGUGGGGCAGCCAUGAAGAAUCUACUCCAGAGAGGCUCGACCAUGAGGCGAUGAUCCACCACCAAGGUGAUUGUCAACUGCAGACACCUGUGGAAGUGCACUGUGAAAAGGACAAAGGCUUGGAGGAGUGUGUAGUGGAGGUGACGACUGAGAGGGUCAUUAGGGAGGAGAGCCAUGCUGACAUAACUACAGAGACAAUCCCUCCCAAACAGAGUAACCUAGACCCAGAUAGCCACGAGGAACUGAUCCACCAAGGGGAACAGACACCUGAGGAAGAGGCCACAGUUCUAGAGGACCUUAGCCUUGCGGAGGAAGCUCAAGAAAGCAUCAGUCAUGAGAAGACAACCUCGGAAGGGGACAGCAACAAAGACACAGUAACAGCCAUUGAGCUGGACAGCCAAGGGCACAUGGAUGAGAUUAACUCCGACAUAGAGAUCAGCCUAGAGGAAGAGUGUCAUGAGAUCACAUCAGAAGAGGUGGAAUGUGUUGAUGACUCAACCCAAAGGGUAGAAAGUGGAGAUGAGACAACCCAGAAGAAGAAGAAGGCUCCCUUGGACAUUCAACAAGUAGAUGAUCAGCUGGACACAACCCAAGAGGUUGAGAUUGAUGAGGAAAUUAAUGGAAAGGAUGGGGAGAGUCUUGGGGAUGGGGCAACAACAUUUGAUGGGAGUAGCCAUAAGGAGAGCGACAACAAGGAUUCUGCCAAUAACGACAAUGCAAUACAAGAGACGAAUGGCUACAUGGAGACAGCUCCCGAGAAGGAAAAGGACUUCAACUCAGACACUGUAAUUCUCGAAACUAACCGAGGUCCCUCACAUGAUGAAAUCACAUCUGAUGCUCAGGGGACCAAUGAUGUCAAAGUCAGAGAGGACAGGGAUAUUUUGAACAUGGUCAACAGUUGCUCAGCAAAAACCCUAGAGAAUGAAUCUUCAGAGCUAGUGGGUGAUGGAGUUGAGCUAAAGGACAUGAGAAUCCAAGAGAGCAGUCAUCUGGAGUCUGAGGGCCACUGUACAGAGCAGAACAUCUCAUUAGCCCAGGAGGGUAAUACUGAGGCCUCAGAAGUGAGCCAGGAAUGGGAGGCCCAUGGGUUCACUGUUGCUACAAACCAGACUGUGAGCCCAGAGAUGGAGCCCUAGAUAUUAGGCUGCUGCAUGCACUCUGAACCUGAACAAUGGAUAGUGGGAUGUCUUCUGCCAAAGACAGAACCAGUCUCUCACUCACCCUGCACGCCUAUUCUCACACUCCAGCUGAGCUCUGCUUCGCUUGCGUUGAUGAACCUCCUCUGUUGGGCAGCAGAGCGUGCUCAACGUCACAGUAAUACUUGGUCUAUGGGUGAGAACUUCUCCAAGCUGACAAGUCCAGUGUAUCACGCUUCAUAUUUGGUCAUUGACUUUCCUCAAGUCUGGCACUUUCAUGUGUUCCUCUGUAUACCCUGUGAACUUGUGCCUAUAAGGGAAUUAGUCCAUUUAACUUAACCGGCUGUGGUGCCCCAGUGGCAUUAAUGUGACAAUUAUUUUGUCAGUUAAUUCACAUGCCGUAACACUGUAUGCUUGACUAUGAGGGGCAAACAUGUCCCAACCUGCCCCAAGUCCCACUGAUGCAUGUGCCCAUCUGAACACCUGCCUUGAUGAAGCAAAACGCCCUUCAACUGAUCAGCAGCAAAACCGAGGCCCUGCUUGUUGGCACCCACUGUCAGGUCCAGCACUCACCAAUAACACACCUCACCAUAGCAGGACAGAACACGCCUCUCUCCCCCUCAGUUUCCAGUCUGGGUGUAAAAGCUUGAUUCCUCCCUGACCUUUGACAGCCACGUCAAACAACCGCGUAAAGCGCCAUUCCAUCUCCUCACGGCUGAACUACCUCGACACACUCUUCAUCGGGAACCCAGGCAGGAGUCUCCAGAAGCUCUAGUACAUCCUGAACAGAGCUGCCAGGAUCCUGAUGAGAGUGCGGAAACGCCAUCACAUCAACCCCAUCGCAGCAUCUCUCUGCACUGGCUCCCCAUCUCAUUACGGAUUGAAUUCAAAACCCUCCUGCGGACAUUCCCGUGUGUUCAAUGCCCCUCCUUUAUCUAAAAAUAACUACUCUCCCUCCGUAACCCCACCUGCACCCUUAGGACAAGCGACUCCACGCCCCCAGGACCAAGCUCAGCUUCUUGGGAGAUCAGCCUUUCAGCUCGACCGCCCCCAGCCUCUGGAAUGCCCUCCCGGACCACCUGAAGGCAUCACAGACUCUGGGCUUCUUUAAAAUGGGCCUACAGACCUUUCUCUUUAGGAAGGCUUUUAAAUCCAAUUUGAUUUGUCACAUGCUUCGUUAACAACAAGUGUAGACUAACAGUGAAAUUCUUACUUACGGGUCCUUUUCCAACAAUGCAAAGUUAGAUAAGGAAAGCUGGGCUUGUCCUUGUCCCUUGUAGCGUCAACUGUGUUCUUUGUGUCAGUUGCCUGGUCUAGUUGUCCCAAAACGUUAUUUGGUUUUAAAUGUAUUUAAUGUACUUUGAGAUUAUUCUGUAUAAUGAAAAGUGCUUUACAAAUGUAAUUUAUUAUUAUGUGAUCCAUAACUGUCGCAGGGAAGUCGUGAUUACGAAUUUGGAGUCUGUGAAAAGUU